AUGCGCAGCGAUACGAUGGCAGUGGUGUUUUUGCAAAAGGCGAAAGAUGCCAAGAGAAUAUAUGCAACCUUCGUAUACGGUAAAACAAAUUGCGAUGGCUUUAAAGAAGAAGGGAUCACUUUCCCAUCAUCCGAAGUGCAAAAAAUAUUAUUGGAGGACUUUUACGAAGAAUGUGGAAUAUCGCCCGCUGAAUUGUCCUACAUGGAAGCUCAUGCAACUGGUACUAUAGUGGGUGAUCCUGCGGAAGUAAUAUCUAUUGAUCAGGCUAUAUGCGCUAAAAGAAACACUCCUUUAUUGAUGGGCUCGAUAAAAUCGAAUAUUGGACACGGCGAACCUUCUAGUGGCAUUAGCCAAAUUGCAAAGGUAUUAUUAGCGAUGGAAAGUGGCAUAUUAUUGCCUACUAUACAUUUCAAACAUCCGCGAAAAGACUUGCCUGCUAUUGUUGAAGGAAGAAUAAAGAUUGUCACGGAACCUAUGAAAUGGGAAGGUGGUUACGUAGGUGUUAAUUCCUUUGGUUUUGGCGGGGCUAAUUGUCAUAUAUUAUUAAAAUCAAAUCCUAAGGAAAAAAUCAAUAAUGGAGCACCAAAUGAUGACUUGCCUAGACUUGUAAUCGUGUCUGGACGUACGAAGGAGGCUGUUAAAACCAUUUUAGAUGACGUGCAAAGUCGAUCUGUAGAUGUAGAAUACAUAUCUCUACUACAUCAUAUUUAUAAUGUCAAUACAGACGGUCACUUUUAUAGAGGGUAUACGAUAACUGGGUCUAAAAUACCUCAUAAUACAAUUAGUAAAAUAAUCUCUCAUCCACAUAAGAAAAUACCAAUUUGUUUUAUAUUUUCUGGACUAGGAUCUCAAUGUUCUGGAACGACAGGUCGAGAUCUAAUGAAAUUUCCAGUAUUUGCCAAAGCAGUCCAGAAAUGUGAUGUUGCUUUGAGACCUUAUGGCACAUCUCUUACAAAUAUUCUAACAAGUAAAAAUGAAAAUAUUUUCGACAAUAUCGUUAAUUUAUUUUUAGCUGUCGUUGGAGUACAGAUUGGAAUGGUCGAUCUUUUAACAUCCAUUGGUAUCAUUCCCGACUUUAUAAUCGGUCAUUCCAUUGGCGAACUAAUGUGUGGAUAUGUCGACGGAUGUUUGACAACCGAAGAAACAAUUCUGUUGGCAUAUUUCAUUGGUUUAACACUUCUCGAAUCGAAAAUAAUUAAGGGUGCCAUGGCUGAAAUUAAUCUCGAUCUUGAUACCUUGAAAGAUAUGUGUCCUUCGGACAUUGAUAUAGCUUGUUACAAUAGCUCGUCUAAUUUUAUCGUGAGCGGACCAACAGAUUCUAUAAAAGCAUUUCUCACCAAAUUACAGGCUAAUAAUGUUCAAGUAAAAGAGAUUUCUUGUGGUUAUAUACCUUUUCACAGUCGUUACAUCAAACCUGCUGUAGCUAAGACUGAAGAACACUUAAAUCGAAUAUUACCACAAAAGCAGUUUCGUAGUUCAAAGUGGCUAACAACAUCUGUUCACAAAUAUUCCAAUACACUUCUGCCUUUAUGUUCAAAAUAUUAUACAAAUAAUCUAUUAUCCUUGGCAUUAUUUUCAAAGAUAAUACGUUCAAUCCCAAAAUAUGCAGUGACGAUUGAGAUAUCUCCUGAGAACGUUCUUCAACACAUUUUAAAAAAUUAUUUGCCCUCUACGGUAACAAAUGUAGCGCUAUAUGAACGUACCGAGGAUCAUAGUGGUAAAACAUUUUUAGAAUCCAUCGGAAAACUUUAUAAUGCAGGAUUGCAGCCGGAUAUUGCAAAUCUCUAUCCAACAGUAGAAUUUCCUGUAAGCCGCGGUACUCCAAUGAUUUCUCCUCUCAUAAGAUGGGAUCAUUCUGAAAAUUUAUAUGUAUUUAAAUAUAGUGAACAAUGUGUACUUAACAAAAGAGAAAUAGAUGUCACAAUUGACAUACGUGAUGAGACAUUUAUAUAUUUAGGAGGCCAUAUGAUUAACGAGAGAUAUGUAUUUCCGGCUACGGGAUAUCUUUUCUAUCUCUGGAAAAUGAUUGCAGAUCUGAAAAAAGAAGACUAUGUCAAUGUGCCAAUUGUAUUUGAGGACAUUAAUUUUAUUCGUGCUACAGUGUUAACAAAACAUAAUCCAUGCACAUUACAUCUUUCGAUUCAGAAAGAUAGCAAUAGAUUCGAGAUAAUCGAAGGAGGUAAUGUUAUUGUUACUGGAAUAGUACGAAUUCCAACCAAUAUUGCAAAUGAAAAGAUACCCACUGAUCUUGUUGAACAUGCCGAUGAAGAAGAAGAAAUGAAUACCAAAGACAUUUAUAAAGAAUUAAGGCUUCGUGGUUAUCAAUAUUCCGGCGUAUUUCGUGGAUUGAAAAGCGCAUCAGUUACGGGAUCUAAUGGUCAUAUCGCUUGGACGUACAAUUGGAUAACAUUUAUGGAUAAUAUGUUACAAAUGACGAUUUUAGGAAUGUCUACAAGACAACUUUUGGUUCCAACAAAAAUUCGCAAGCUGACAAUCGAUCCGAAACAUCACAUGCAGUUGAAGUUUAUUCUAGAUGGUUCAGUUGAAAAAGGACAAUUCGCUAUUCAUAAUUACAAGAAUCUAAAUGCUAUAAUAUCCGGAGGAAUAGAAAUUUGUGGCAUUAUAGCUACACCUAUAUUACAGCGACAAAAACUUGUUAACACCGUUCUUGAAGAAUAUAAAUUUGUUGCUCAUCGUGACUUAGAGACCAUGUCGUUAAAAGAUGCAAUAAGAAUGUCGGUGCACGUUGCACUAGAAUGUUACAAUAUAAUAAAUGUUAAAAUUAUCGAAUUUAUCGAUGAUACUGAUAAAGUGACAUUAGAAGAUUUAAAUUCUCCAAUUGUUAGUGAAAUUUUAAGUAAUUUACCACAGAUUCGACAUAAUGCCAGAGUAGUAACGUCUCAUGGAAACUUUCAAAAUAUUUCUUUGCCUAACAACGUUUCUACAGUCGAGGUUACUAAGCUGUCCAAAGAUGAAAAUUGUUUGAUGGUCAUAGGUUUCGAUAUUUUGACGAAGAAUAACAAAAAAUUAUAUCAACAGUUAAUGUCUCUGUUAAUGCCACAGGGUUUUCUACUGACUCUGGAGAAAUACGGUGCAGUAUAUGACUAUUCGUGCUUGAAAACGUAUGAGUUGGAUAUUAUACUAGAGAAACGAAUAAAUGAAAAGACACUUUUAUUGCUAAGAAAAAGGCAAAAUAUUGUGAGAAAUCAACGGAUUGUACAUGUCAACAAUUAUGAGUUUACAUGGGUAGAUGAAGUGAAAUCACUCAUGAGUGUACAAAACGAGAUUGGUAUAGAUACGAGAAUCAUACUCGUGGCCGAAGGAGAUUUCGAAUGCGGGCUACUAGGUUUUGUCAAUUGUUUGCGAAGGGAACCGGGGGGCGAAAUAGUUAGAAGUGUGUUUAUUCAAGAUAACAAAGCGCCUGCGUUUUCUUUGCAACAGCCGUUAUACAAAAAACAGCUGCAGUUAGAUCUACCUAUCAAUGUUAUGCGUUCCGGUAACGUUUGGGGAUCCUACAGGCAUUUGCCAUUGCCAUCGUUGGAACCAAAACUCUUACAACAGGCUUAUGUUACACAGAUGGUACAAGGGGAUCUGAGUACUCUUUCCUGGAUGCAAAAUGAUCUACCUUUUCAUGCUAAGCGUGAAGAUCUUAUUAAUGUAAUCUAUUCGUCUCUAAAUUUUAAAGAUAUUAUGUUGGCUACUGGUAAAAUCAGUACUAUGGCAUUAUAUUUUAACAUUUCAUCCGAUUUACUCGGCAUUGAAUUUGCUGGAUUUGAUAUGCGUGGACAAAGAAGAAUGGGAAUGACCUUAUAUGGGUACCCGAUGAGUGGACAAUGGAAGAUGCAGCAACAGUUCCGUGUACGUAUAGCACAGCUUACUACGCUCUAUGUAUACGAGGUAAAAUGA